UCACCAGCCAAUCAUUCAUCGGUCACAGAUCACUUGAACAUGGCAAGCAAUGCGCGGCCCGCCCAGCCCAAGACGAUUCUGCGAGGCCACAAGACACCGGUGCAGGUGGCUGCCUUCGUUCGAAACAAUGAGCGCCUCUUGACCGGUGAUUCCGACGGCUUUGUUGUGGCAUGGGACCUGACCAUCAUGCGUCCAAGGGCCGUUUGGCAAGCUCAUACGGCCUCCAUACUAGGCAUCGCAGGCUGGGGACACGAUCGCAUCAUCACACACGGAAGAGACAACAGACUGGUGGUCUGGAAGUUGACCGCCGAACACGAAAAUGUCCUCAGUACAAGCCUUCCCCUAGACCCAUCCUCACAGCCCCGUCCAAAGCCAUGGAUGCUCCACGUGCUCCAGAUCAGCACCAUGAACUUUUGUUCAUUCUCGUAUUGUCCCGCAUACCCAGACAACAGUCCGGCCGCAGCAGCAGCAGAUGAAAUUCUCCUCGCGGUACCCAACACCCUCUCCUCGGAAUCUAUCGACAUCUUUCACCUCCCCUCCCUCGCUCGAAAGCACACGGUUGGCUUGCCCACCUCCUCGUCACCCGACCAGAAGAAUGGCAUGGCCAUGUCCCUCUCCCUCUUCCACCACCCCACAAGCCAUCACCUAACCCUGGUCGCCGGGUACGAACGCGGUCUCGCGGCAGUCUACCAACUCGACCCUAACACGUCAAAAUGGGCAGUAACCUACCAAUCCAACCCUCACACCCAGCCAAUCCUGUCUCUUGACGUCUCCCCAGAUGAGUCAUUCUUCCUCUCGUCAGGAGCAGACGCCAUCAUAGCCAAACACCCCAUCCCGUCUUGUCCUCCUUCCUCGGGGAUAAUCCAAGACCCCAUCUUGACGAUCAACACCCGCCACGCCGGACAACAGUCCCUCCGCAUCCGCUCCGACAACCUCAUCUUUGCCACCGCAGGCUGGGACUCGAUGGUGAGGGUCUACAGCGUCAAGACGAUGAAGGAGCUCGCGGUGCUAAAGUGGCACCAGCAGGGGUGUUACGCCGUUGCUUUUGCUGCUGCCAACACCUCUCCAACCACUUCUCCUCCUCAAGAGGAAACCCCCAGAUCAGACGACAAGAAGCCCGAGGGGAGUCACAGCAAGGAGGUUACCACGCAAGUCCCCAAGAUGUUGGUCGAACAAACACCCAAACAAAAACGCCUCCACCAAGCCAGAACCGCCCGCUGGCUCGCGGCAGGGAGUAAGGAUGGGAGGGUGAGCUUGUGGGAUGUGUACUAG